AUGUUGAGUUAUAUAGUGAAUGGAUUAAUUCGUGUGUUUGGGCGUGAGUUGGUAGAGGCUUGGAUCCCGCUGGAUCAUGUCUGUGUGACAUCACUGACUGAUCCUGAGAUUCAUCUGGCUGACAUAUCAAUUCCGGAAAUUGUGUUUUCAAAUUAUUCCUCACCGUUUGCACUGGUGAGUUCAAAUAUUCGAAGAAUUGUUGUGAGAGCUGACUGGUCAGCGUUGUUCAGAGGUGGGAAAAAAGGCCGAAUCAGAGUCGACGUUGAGGGCAUAGAUCUCGUAGUAAGAGCCAAGAGAUUGGAUGAAUUUGACCCUAAACUAUGUUUAUCACUGCUGAGUAGUAAGAAAAGGUCAAAUUUGGCUAAAUGGCUGAAAUUUUCCAAACUCAAUUCCACCGCCGAUAAGACGGCGAAAAUCGUAAAUUUGCUCUCUGUAAGAGCUAAAGAUGUGAAAAUUACAUUCGUAGACGAUGUCAUCUAUAGGACUCCGUUCUCUGUAGUCAUUAGAGCUGAUCUUGUCACCGGUGGAUAUGUAGACCCCAAAAGCCCUUUAAUGAACAAUUUUGAACGUGAAGGCUAUCUUAAACAUUUUUUAAUGUGUUUAUUCUUCAAGAGUAAAGGAGUUCAAAUUGAUUUUAAUCUUUACUCCAAUUCAUUCACCUCUCACAUAGUUGACACUUCGGAUACUUCUGAGAGUGUUACGAGUGAUACUUUUGAAGGUGAAUAUCACAGAUCUAACAGUGAUAUCAGUACUAGUGAUGGUGAAUCGCAUUUUAGUGAUGAGUUAUUUUCAUCUGAGGUGUCUGAGGAUUUUGAGCAGGUCCAGUUGGAGGAUUUUCUACAGGUAAAACGCAGUGAUUUUUGUAAUUUUUGCUCUCAGACACCGAGAAAAAUAAUUAAACUCCCAGUUAAACAAUCGGAAUUGAGAUAUUUGAACCUGUUGAACACACCUCACAAGAGGUUUAAGUUAACUUCGAGAACAGGAAUUUACGUCGGAAUUUCAGUUAAAGUUUGGAAUUUUAACUCUGUUUUCUUCGUCAAUGGGAUCUCUCAAGAGCCGAUGAAGAAGAUAAAAUUGUUUUUAUGUUCCAAUGAGGGGACGGAGCAGCAAUUUUAUGCCCAAUUGUUUGAUGGCUCAAUUAAGUACCCGCAGCUAAAAUUAAACUUGUGCAGCGAAUUUGUGCACAUGUUACAUGAUUUCAUACGGUUUGUAAGAAUAUUAUCCGCGUUUAAACAUGCAGCUUCAGCUUCCUGCUGUAAAGUUCCAACACUACAAAAUGCUCUCAAAUACUGUAAAAUCAUCCAACAAAAUAAUAAAUCAAGAGAUGAAAUUGAUUUUUUAACCAAAUUUGAACAUGAAACGUCAAUAGGAAUAAUUAUCAGACUUAGAAAUUUCACACUCAAACGUGGUCACAGAGGUGACCACGGGACUAAUUCCUGGCCAUCUGCCACUGAAAACACAGUGGAACCAGUGGAUAGAAUAAGAAUAGAGAAGAUAUUUGGUGAAGAAAAGUAUGACGAAGAGUUUAGAAGAAAUUUUGUGAAUAUGGAGGCAGAUCAGUACGGUUCAAACUUCUUUAAUUUUAAUCAUUUGCUGAGGAGUGGAAAGGGUUUAGGACUUAAACCUGAGAGUACUAACAAUGAUCACUGGUUUCUAGGCCUAAUGAGCUUCGGUAUCAUCGCUCCAAAUCUGUCCGUAAACCUGAUACCAGUGACGAGAUUAUUAAACAGUAGCCAUAGUAUGACGUCUAACUCUUACGCUGAAACACAUAAUACUCAGAGUUUAAUGUGUUUGAGAGCAGAUUUAUCGGUGUUUUAUUUUAAUAUAGUGCAGAUGUCAGACCGUAGAAGUUCUAUAAAAAUACAUUUAAGUAAGCCUUUGUGUUUACUGGCCAGAAUUGAGUCUGAGAUAAGGAAAUUUUCCUUUUCUUGUGAUGUCGUUUGGGGAAAAGUGUUUGGAGAACAAUUAGUGGCAGGACCAAUGAGUAUACUGGAGGAUUUUCAAGGCUUUUUUCAGAAUUUCGGGGCAGACAAUGUAAAUCAAUUUAAUGUUCAGAAUGUGUCAGAUGAUGCGAUUUCAGUGGGAAUUGAAGCGUAUACGAAUUUUGUGAAGAAGAAUCUGGUCAAUAUGGGCCGAUUCUUCCUCAUAGGAAAUACGGCACUGGAACUUUACAACACCGUAGAAUCAAAUCUUACAGCCAGGGUAACAAGAGAAUUACUCAGUUUUGAACUAUUUCUACAUAGAACUUUUGUCAAUACGGGCUACACAGUCGAUAAAGUUGGAUAUGCGUUGAAAAAUGACACUUUGUAUUCUGAAGAGGAUCUCGACCAGAUUGACAAGUUUAUUGAUUCUAUGGACCAGAAUCUCAAAUCUUUAAUCCUAAUGAUACGUGAAAAACUCUGUAUGAAGAAUAGAAACUUGGUUAAUUUCACAGGCCAGGACAUGAAAUUACUUUGUUUCUUCGGUAACUGUACAGAGAAAAUACAUAAAGACGCCAAGGAUCUUUUUCAACAGAAUCAACAAAUUAUAAACAAUUGGUCGCAGAAACAUUCUAUCGACUACUAUUAUCCCCAAACACACAGGGUAAGAUCGGUGGAGAGUACUGAUGUCCGAAUGUUGGUUCGGAAUGAGGAAGAAAGUUUUUUGUACGAUUUGGAUAAAUAUUGUGACUGGUUCAGUAACGCGAGAAAUAACUUAUUCUACGUCAAAUCACUGAAUUUUAUGUCUAACAAGUGUCUGGAGGUAACACUCAAGAGUAUUAAUGUACUCGUAGACUCCUACACAUCUUCCAAAAAAAUUACCAUAAAAUACCUCAAAAUUAAUACUAACCACCCUAACACUGCUAGUUCCGCUGAUAUCGCCGUUGACACUACUAACAAAGUUGACAGUGUGUUAAUGAGUGUUAGGGAGUUUGGAAUACAUUUAAUUAAGGAACGGGGAGUAUUUCUGGUAAAUCUGGACAAAGUCAUGAUAAGCUCAAACUUAAUACAGUUAACGCCGUUAGCGCAGUUUAUUGACCAAAUGGUGUUAAAGUGUAUUGGUAUAAAGGAGUUGGUAGAUAAUUUGAAGGAAAGCAGUUGUUUUCCACAGUCAAUGUCAUAUUUUGAAAUUAAACCUGACUUUACACCUCAUGACUUUUUUAACUUUGAUCCUGCAACUGAGAAAUUGAGGCUAGAAUUUGAGAAAUCUGUUUACCUCUUAAUGACAUGUUACUGUGUGCCCGUUUACGAGUCUAAAGUUAUUAAAUUUUACUCUGACUGGGAUAUUAAAUUGGUUUUGACCCUUAGAGACUUCACUGUUUUGCUUGUAAAAAAUGAUACAAUUCUCUGCUCUUUUAUUAUUUAUAGCUUAAAUUUAGACCUCUUUAAAGCACAAAAUAGGCUUAAAGUAAAGGUUAAUUUAGGUGGGUCAAAUUUAUUAAUGCAUAAUUUUAUGUCCAGUGAGGAACCUGAACAGGUUGACGGAGGAUAUGAAGUGUUGAUGGGAUGUAAAAUGGAAGAUUUGCAGAGGAAUGAAAUCACCUCAAAAUCAGUGGAAAAUGGACAAAUUUCACUCAAAAUUGAGAAAAAUCCCAAACUAAAAGUUAAACUAGAACUAAGAAAUUUAUACCUCAAAUAUGAUCAACUACUCAUCAAUUAUUUUAUUGAACAAUACAACUACGUUAAUACGCACACAAUUAACUCAGUUGGUAGUGUUGACCCUGUUGAGAGUGUUGAGGGAAGUAAAAAGUCUCAGGAGAAUUUGGAAAUAUUUGUGAGUACAAUUGGAUUUUGUGUGUAUUUGGACAAUUUUGGCCUAGUUUUGGAUCUUUUUUGUCACUUCAACAUGACUGGUGUGAGGUUAUCUUUGGAUGUUACGAGACUGUCUUUAGGUUUAUUACACUCAAAUUUUCUGCGAUUUCUAACACUUUCACUCAUUGAUUUACAACUUUCACUUGAGAAUUAUUCAAUUUUUAAGCCAAAUGAAGUUGAUUCUCAGGAUCAAAAUCUGGACUCAGAAAUGCUGCUAAAACUGUCACAAAUCGCCCUGUGGUACCAUAUUCACAAUAAUACUACUCAACCCCUGGAAAAUCCCAUAGUUAGCUCGGUAACUGAAGUGUUUGCUGGAAUUAGUGAAUUAUUUAAUGAGUAUUGGUUUAGUCAUGUGACAUGGUGUUUAUUACCAACUUGUACUGAAGAUGACCUCUUGGUACCAAUUUUUUAUACUAAAAUGUCAUCAUUCGCAAGGCUUAAACCUGUGUUAAAUAGGGAAUAUAUUAGUCAGUAUCUAGUCCACUAUGCCUCUGUAAACCCUCAGACAUCGGAGCUACUAAGUUCCUCAAAUUUAAACCGUUUAAUUGAUAAAUUCAUUAAAAAUGUACAAAUAGUUGAGAAUUCAGAUGAUUUACAAGUUAAUUGUGAUGUCAAAUCUAAUAGAAUUGGCUCCGUGGUUUACACAAAAGGUGAUGUAAAAGUAGGUGAAUUUCUCUUCAAUUUAGACCUUAACAUGAUUAAAGAGUUGAUUUCAUAUGUUAAAUCUGUUGCACAGGGUGUGAAUAAUAUCAAGCACUACUUACACUUAAAUAAUGUUGAUACUGUGGUGAUGGAGGAAGAUUUGGGAGAUCAGGAAAAACUAAGUGUUUUAGCUGAGAUUCAAUUAAACCUCAUGUGUAAUGUUACUUUAUUAUCCUGUGACUAUUCAUUAAAUGUAGACUACAAAUUUCUUCCACACACCGCAAACUCAAUUGAAACGGUUAGGGAUAGGUUCAGAAUUCUGAAAGUUUAUCCUCAGAAUAAGGCAAUGGCAAGUUUUACAUAUAGUUUAAAGGCUUUGGUACAGUAUAACAUGGAUGAGGAUCAAAUUUACUCCAUUUCAAGGCAUGCAGGGUCUGAAAUUGACCCAGAAACCCUUGAUUUAGUAAGUGAACAAUUUUAUACUUUUGAUGGUAACAUAAUUUUAACGCUUUAUAACUGCGUUUUUCUACUUGAUUUGUACACUAAUCACCCGAAAAAUCUUAUUCAUUACGAUGGUAGUCCAACUGACAGCAGACCCUCGGAUAAUAACCCCCAGGGUAAAUUAAUGAGAACUACAAGUGUUGAAUUAUUUGAUGAUCCUAAAGACAAGUUUGAGUUGAUAAAAAUAUUAAAUUUGUCAAUAAACAACAAGAGAAUAAAUUUUGUAAAAAAUGGCACAAGAAGUUUAUGUCAAGUUUCACUUUUAAAUUUUCAGGUUUUGGACUGUUUUGGUAAAUAUGUUCUUGAUAAUGUUCAUGAAACCAGAGCUAAAGCAGCGCAAAUUUAUGAUAUUAAUGAGGAAUUUCUUGGUAAAAACAGAAGUCAAAUUUUUAUAAGCCUUUCUAAAAACACGGAUUCACACAGAUUAAACAUUGUGGUGGAUAAUACGAGAACUGAAAUACAUCCAGACUUUGUUAACAUUCUCUUAAUACUUUUUAUGUCAUUCAGUGAUUCAAACUUGUUUAAACCUCGGAAACCAAGUGUUAAAGCUCAGUCAAUUUCCCCUGUGAAAACACCUUUAAACUUUACUGUAACUUUAAAUAUGUAUGAACUAUGGAUAUUUCCAAAUGUUAACUAUUAUACUGAUAAUACUAGUGGCGAGGAAAUUGCUGCUGUAACUGCUGCUAAUACUGUUAACACUAAUAACUCCCUUGAGAAUAUGGAGAAUGAAGUUAUACCGAAGAUAUUGAAAGGUACGAGUGAUGUGGAAAUGGAGACUGGAAUGUAUCCGAAGACUUAUGAUGACAAAAUGCACGUGAUUUGUAUCUUAUUUAGUGGUACAAUUUCUAACUCUAACAACUAUUAUAAAGCGUUGGUUAGACAUUUUUCAGUGAGUUUGGGUGCUGUUUUACUUGUAGAAAAUAACCACAAACUGCUUGUGGACCAGAAUGACGGGCUCAUCAUCGCAAAAGUAAAUGAUCCAUGUAACCGAUUCCUACUUGAACUUAGGAACUUUUUAGUCAAAUUUAAACUAACUACAGAGGGAAAUGAGAAAAAUCUGUUAAUUCAGUCUGAACUUGAAAAUGCUAAAAUCUGUGCCUCACUACAAGAUCUUGUACGACUUUACUAUCUCAAAGAUUUCCUAAUCCCACAAUACAUCACACAAAUUCUGGAUAAAAGUGCUAAUACUGUUGAUGCUGCGGAUAAUUUUGAGCCAGUUGAGGUAGUGGAUGACUCACUGGUUAACUCCGUUGAUGUUGAGAAUGUUGAGGAAAUCCUUGGUAGAAUGGGAAUUGAUGAGAAAAUUGCUGUGAAUAAGUCAGUGGUAUUAUUUGAGAAAUUGGACAAAUUGUACAACUUAAGCCAGAAAAGAUUCUGUGUAAAUGUGUUGCUACGGGAGUUUAAGGUCAUAAUGCCUACAGGUCCAAAUUCUCUAAUCUUAGGCCUGGUAAUAAAUAACUUCAUUUUAGACCUUUUAAACCCUAAAAAUAAUACUUCAGAGGCUCCAAACUUUACAAUCGCAUUCCUGUUUAACCUUUCACUACUCAAUAACAAAUUCAAUAUCAGUGAUUAUCUCCUACAAAACACACAGUUUAAGCUCUCCAUCAAUACUAAUACUGGUGAUACUGACGAUACUGACUCUUCAGAGGACACUAUUAGCAGCAGUGUAGAGAGUGUGAAUGAGAGAGAAUUGAGUGUAAAUGUGCAACUGGGAAUAGUGUCGGUGGAUUUUAAUAAUAAUAUGAGUAGACUGAUAAAAUACUUCAUAACAACAUUAAAGCGUAUAAAAGAGAUAGAAAAAAGUAUAGAAAGUAGUAGAAUCACUGUAUACAAUGAGCUGGAGUAUGAGAUUUGUGUUUUCAGUGGGAAUGUGAAACGUGAAUUAGACUACUUUACAGUGGAAAAAGACGCUAGUGUGAACCUAUUUAACCGUGAAUUUACCCUUUUAAUUAAUAAUAAAAAGGGUAUUUUCUCAAAUUGUGAUGUCCUUCUUGGGUAUCUGGAUAAUAAUCUUCUCUUUGGAAAUACGAAUAAUGUCACGGAUUUCAUUAAUUUACACAGCUAUUCCACUAAUCAAACCGAUACCAAAAGUAAUAAUAAAAAGAGAAUUACAAUUUCUUAUACACAUUUGCCCUCUGGUACAUUUGUCGGUAAUUCUCACAACCCGAUCAACACUGUUAACUCAAUGGAUAGGGAUAAUAAUUAUAUAUAUUUGGGUCGUUAUGAAGGGAAUGAGAGUGUGUUAAAUCUCCCGAGUGUCGGUGGUGUAAUACUAAUUCAUCAAAUAAAUGAUAAAGUUAUCGUCAGCACUAAUGUCAGAAUUGAAAAUCUAACUGAUAUUCCCUUCACAAUCUCACACUAUAAUAAUAAUGUUAAGAAUUCUGUAGUGAGUAGCAGUGUGGAUUCAGUGGAUGGCCUGGUGUUAGAAAAGUUUACGAGUGUGGGAGUACCAAUUUCAUGGUAUAACACGAGACAGAUGCCGAUAAUAACAUAUUCAGGAUCGAAUAAUGAUAAUUUAGGCUUUGGGAUGUUGAAAAGUGUGUUAAAUAAUCCAAUUUUAGCCUCUCCUGAGGAUAAAAAUAAACAUGAAGAAGAAAUUUUAAGGUUCAGAAAUGGCCUUAGUCUUGUUUGUACCUGCACCAGUCAACCUGUAAACGACAUUAACGAACUUGAAUCUGUAAAAUUUAUUAUCAGAAUUGAACCAAUGCUAAGUAUUGUAAAUAAGUUACCAUUUGACUUAAUUGUACACAUUUCAACAUUGAAACAGACUUCGGAUAAAUAUAUUUCCACCCAUGAGAAUCCUGAUUCAAUCUCACUAAUCCAAAACAACGCCGGAAUUAAACUUUUGAACCCUAACCAAACCUGGGGAAUUCCAAUCCAAAAUAAUAAAUUCUAUCUCAAACUUACUCUUAAAGGUUGUUCACUCACUUUUAACACAGUGUCUAAACCAAUAAAUUCCAAAACUACCGAGUUGUUAGAAUUUAAAAGUGAUAUGUUUGAGGUAAAUUUACCCAAUACUGGCAGUUUUGUCACCAGUAAAGGAUUAACAUUUAGUUCAGGACCGAUUUUUGAGACUACUUUUAAACAUUUUGAACCGCUGCUGUCCCACCCCUCUUAUCGCAGAAAUAAAGAAGUUUUCUACCAAGUAGUCAAGAAAAAUUAUGUUAGCUUAAAUUUGAAUAGGAAUAAAGUUACUCUUUUCUGGCCGUACAUUUUUGAGAAUUUUACUAAUCAUUUCUUGUGUCUUAAUGGGUAUUUAAUACCGCCAAACUUUAAAUUUUACACCACUGCCAAAGAAGCAAAUAAUUCUAAACUUAGAGCCUACUAUAGGAGUAACCAGUUGGAUUUAAAGGGUUCAGUGUAUUUACCUACGAGUCAAGUUGAAAAAUUAGAUUUCUCAUCCACGACAUCAAAUCGACCACCAAUCAACCUACAAAUACUCGACACAAAUGAUAACACUGUUGACACUGUUACUACUAAACAAUUGACUGGCUCACUUAAUAAUGUAGAGACAGUAUCAUUGGAGAGUUUACAAACACUUAAUUCUGUAGUGGCAGAAUCUGAUACUGCCUCUGCUGAAUCAUCAGAAACCGCUUCAGAAAAUGAUAUAACGGAAAAAAACAAGAAAAAAAAGUAUGAAAAGGGGUUUGAAGACAAGGAAUGUAUUAGUUUAGGUUGCAGUGUUAGGGUUUUAGGUCUAUCAAAGUUGAACACUAGAGUCGUGGUUUUCCAUAAUUAUUACACAUUUGUGAAUAAAUUACCAUAUGACAUUGUUCUUAAAACUGCAAUUAAUCAGGAAACUGUAAUUAAAUCUAAUGAACAGCUUAGUGUAAACACGACUUACAAAGACUUGAAAAUGGAUAUACUACACAGUUCAACUAAAUUUACUUGUAAUUUAACUCUUGUACCUCAUAAAAUACCUUUACACUUACAAAUUAAACCAAAUAACAUAAAUUACACAGGACCGGCCAGUAAAAUAUCGCCAGAUAAACAAAUAAAUAACACAGUUGACAUUAACAGUGUGAACUCAGUGGAUAUGAUAUUGGAUGUGAAUAUAGUUGAGGGUAAAUUUGAGUAUGGAUUACCUUGUAAAUUUAAUGGGCUUUACUAUGUCAUCUCAGUUGCCACCAAUACCACUUACCAACUCUUCAAUCUCACCUCACUCAAUCUCUACAUCAUUGAUCCCAAUCAUAUUAACACUGCUGACAAUACCAACUCAGUUCCAAAUAACACUGUUAAUGUGUUGGAAUGGGAUAAUAUAACAGUGUUGGAAAGGUUAAAAUUGACACCUUAUGUAUUAUAUAAAAAUGAUGAUAGAAGAUUAGCAUUCACAGUUAAUCUCAAUAGUAAUUGGAAAAUAUAUAACAUUGACACUCUUAAAAGUAUUAAAUCUUAUCCUGUCGAAUAUCUAAACUCUGAUCCUCUAAACACUAGUACCACAGUUUACAUAACUUGUGUAAUGAAAAGUGAUGGAACAAGAGUUAUUUGUUUUGUUGAUGAUUAUUUAUUAUUGUGUAAACUGCUGCAGAGGGUUGAAUUAUUACAAGUUAACAGAAUUAACAGUGUCUGGUCUAAGAUUGUGCUCACAUUUUCAACACCCAGAAUCACUACUACAAUGUCCAGUAAGAAGAAAAUGGUACUAGCAGCACAUGUUAAUAAUCUAAACUUCACAUUAUCUCUUUGGAAACGGGGGAUUAAUACCAAUUCUUCCAACACCAAUACUCCCUCCAGUACACCCCGUAACACUGGUAACACUGGUAACACAUCUGUUAACUCUCUUAACUAUGUAAAUAGUGUGGAGAGUUUGGAGAGUGGAGAGAAUGAUUGGGUGGUAGAUGUGGGUUUGAGUAUAAAGGGAUGUCAUAUAGACCAUUUUGUCCAAGGUUUUAUACCAGUGAUUUUAAAGGCUAUAACUAAUAGACAUUCGGUCCAGGAAUCAUUCCUAGCGUUUAGAAUGACUUGUACUCUUUUCUCAAGAACUAUUCAAACUUUUGAUAAAAUUUUUAUCAAGUUGAGUCCUCUGAGUUUAAACGUGGAAAUGAGAGUUAUUGAACAAAUUGUUGACUAUUUCGAAACUAUAACCUCGGCGUACACUAAUACACCAGGUGAAAAACUGGAGAAUCCAACUAAUAAAAAUGGUGCUCCAAUCCCCUGUUACAGCGACAAAAAGAGAACCUAUGGCAAAAAAUACUUUAAGAUGAUGAGAAUUGAGCCGAUAACUGUGAUUUUGGCGAUAAGAACUUCAGAUGUUAAAUUAAGUAGACAAAGUUUACAAUUGUUGGAUGCUCUGCCACUUGAUACGCCGUCAGUUUGUGUACACUUUUUCGCGGAACAAGUUACUCAGACUGUGGCGACAUUUGAGGAACUUGCAAAUGUACUGAGGAAUUCCUACUUUAAACAGCUGAUUAGACAAUCUCUUCCCAGUGCUUGGCUUUCAAAUUCAUUUGCAGUUUUACACGGUGUGAUGAAGGGAUUUGUGUACCUUUUUUCUCAACCCUUUAGUGGCUGUAAAAAGUUCAAAAACUCCUUUGAAGGCUUUUUAAUUGGGAUUAAUAAUGGAAUAAAGUUCUUUGUAUUAUUUGUGGUAGGAGGAGCUGCACAAUCCAUAGGACAUUUACUUAACAUUUUUUAUAAAAUUUUGGGUAAAAAGAAUGCUAAACCUGUGGGAAUUCUAGAUGGACUUUGGCUAGGACUUAAUAGUUUAGUAUUAGACAUUCUUUACAAUCCUUGGAACAGAUUCUUCUCAGAAUUUCAUCUUGGCUUUGGGGUAAAACGGUUUCUUAGAAAUACUCUCAACGGUGUCAGAUGUAUUUUAAGUCCUGUAACUGCUGUUGUGAAUCUUCUAGUCUCAGUUGUUGAUGGACUUUCCAAUGUCCUACUGGGUGAUUUUGAACAGUUUACACAUCUUUACGAGACAGAUCAGCUGAAAGAUGAAACUAAUUCCACAGUCCCACACCCUGAGAAGAGAGAAUUUUUACAAAGAUUGAAAACCAUACGAAGUAGUAUACGAAUAUAA